GAAAAAUUGAAUCAACUUAAUUUUCCAAAUGCUUAGGAACCCAUUGUUUUUUUCUCCUAUGCUGCGUAUAAUAACCCUUGGUCUGUCCUGAGCUGUAUAGCUUCACUAGAAUUUAUUCAAAGGAAUUAGUUAAAAAUUCGUUAAAUACGACACUUCGUUUAUCACUGAGUAACAUAUAUGCAUGAAUAAAUAUUCAGAUUUGACAUCUUCCUUAUUUUUAGUUCGCCAAAUUCUAUGGGACUUCAUCACUUAAUUGCAAAACUGAAGAAGUGGAUCAAGAUUUUGGAAGCUAAAACGAAACUUUUAUCGAGGUAACAUUUUGACAUUAAAACUCUUGUAUUUUUUGUCCCUUCCUUUAGCAAAAGCCUCAAAUUCUAAAAUUCCGUACAAUUAUUUUCUUUUAUAUAGUUCGUUUCUCCUUGAAGAACGAUGUCGUUUUCUCAGCGUGUUUUCUAUAUCCACAGCUGAUGUUGAACUUCCUGGAGAAUUUCUCAUGCCCAAGUCAAACAUUGUAUGUAUGCAAGGUGUUGCAAUCCCAUGUAAAUUUACAUCAAAAUGUCUGCUACAACGUUGUAGUGACAUGUGCGUUUAUAACGUAUUCAGAAUUGAUUUGAAUUUUGUAUUCCUAUAUUGUCUGUUACUAAGUGUCUGAAACAACGUUGAGGUUCCUGCAUUUCAGCAAUGCAAAAUACAUGACAACCUAGGUUGAUCCUAGGUUGAUGGUAUUUUUGAAUGCGUGUCAUUUAUAUAAAUCAGAAAGAGAAAACACUGUUGGUGUGGACUAGGGACCCUCAAAAUGGCAGCUUGUUUUCACGAUCGUUAAAACGUGAAGGAAUCAACAACCAGGCAUUUGUAACAAUUUUCAACCUUACCCUUACCCUGCAUGCACCUAACCCUAACCAUAUAACACUAAAGUAAACUCUUGAGUUUAAAUUUGGAACUAUACAUCAUUGUCUUGCAAACUUCCUCUCGUCGUCCACCCCUUUAGUCAUUACCAUUAUAGGCUAACUCCCAACAUAGUUCUCAUUUUAUAUCAUGAUUGUCCAUUUUCAGCAUAGCCAUUAUUACAUCCGUAUUGCUCAAUUUAUGCCUCGCGUUGAACUGGUUCAGAAACACAAUAUGUCCGCUAGGAGAUUGUUUAUUAGAGCAAAUAACGGCAAGGUAAGUGGCUUGUCAAACAAUAUGACAAAACGCAAUCCGAAUUCCAUGAGCACAACGGGAAGUGGCAGUCAGUUGUACUGUUAGAGCUAACCACCAUGCCUGUACUAUAUGCUGUUCCAGGGAUGGGUCCAGCCAGAUCUGGUAGAGGAGGGAGGGAGGGGGUGUUCAUCAAAGGGGGUUCAGGGUGUUACCGUUGACCAAGUGCGUAAUCGCUAGAGGGAGCUACGGCAGCAAGGCACUAUUCUGUAGUCUUGAUUGCGAAUUUCACAAUCAUAUAUCUUACUAUCUCAUUUUCUCUCUAUUCUAAUUUUUGUGAACUGCCUUUUGCUAAUUUCUAUUUUUUUGUAAUUGCUUUUCCAAAUGAAAAAGUUGAUUAAUUAAUCGAUAAAAACCAUUGGAAUUAAGCCCCUUUGGUCCCCCUUUGCCAAAGCUACCAGUGGUGUGCGCCAUCCCUCCCACCCUACAGUCCUUCCCCCCCCCCCCGUGCCCUACAGCCCCCAGUAAAUCCAUCCCUGUGUUCCAACUGAUGAAACCCAACUAUAUUGUGUAUGGUAUUUUCGCUUCAGAUCUAUCCUUAUUUGGUCGUGAAUGAUGCAUGUUUAUCUGACUCACGGAGAGAAGAGCGAGUUCUUCAGUUGUUGAGGAUAUUAAAUAUAUACUUUGAAAAACGCAAGGUAAUUGUGAUGAUGUUAAGGCGAAAAUCUGGAUAAUAUGUUUUUAAUAUCAUUCUAUUUUUUCUGUAUUGAAAAUAACCGCCAUUACUGUGUAUGUGUAGCUAGCUAUUAUUGUAAAUCUCAUAAUUUUGUCUUACAUCAAACUGCACCGUGAUAUAUUGCAGGCUUUAGGAUUUGUUUCUGUUUUCCUAAUCAGGAAAUCUGUAGGAGGUUUUGCCUGAUUAAAGGCGCACAUGUUUGGAAGCUUACACAAUUCUUAUCAAAAUAGGAAUCAAGCAAAAGACAUCUCUUGUUUACCGUGCCUCGGGUGGUUGCUGUUUCACCACAGAUGCGAUUGAUUCAGGUAUGUGCGAGUACUUUUGCUCUGCGCGGAUAGUAUAUCCCAGAUGUUAAUAUCUUAAACAUAGACCAAUUCGGACUUUGACUUCGGGAAUUGGAAUAUACAUAUCAAAGUAUUGAACUGUUUAGUCAUCAUUUGAAUAUGCAAAAAAUUGCCCGAAAGAACAAUUAGUUUCCGCACUGGUGACUCGCUUUAAAUUAGAAAAUAUCUUCCCUUAAGUGUACCUUUCUUUAUCAGGGAUGGAUCCAGCAUAACCAUUCAGCUUAGAUGUUUAUGCCGUUGAAUAUCUUCGGCAUAAACAUUCAACUUAGAUGUUUAUGCCGUUGAAUAUGUCUGAGUGGUUAUGCCGAAGACAGUCAACGGCAUAACCAUCCAAUAGUUAGGCCGAAGACAGUCAACGACAUUACCAUCCAAGUUGAAUGGUUAUGCUGAAGACCGAGUCAACAGCAUAACCAUUCAACUUAGAUGUUUAUGUCGUUGAGUAUGUUCGGCAAAAACAUUCAAUUUAAAUGUUUUUGUUGUUGAAUAUGUUUGAAUGGUUAUGCCAUGCCGAAGACAGUCAACGGCAUAACCAUUCAACUUGGAUGGUUAUGCCAUUGACUGUCUUCGGCAUAACCAUUCAAUUUAUGUUCGGCAUAAACAUUCAACUUUUAGAUGUUUAUGCCGUUGAAUAUGUUUGAAUGGUUAUACCGAGGACAGUCAAAAAUUAGUUAAAUUUGCAGUUCUAUUGUGUCUCACAAAUGAUGAUUGAACAGUUGAAUACUUUGAUAUGCAUAUCCCUCCAGUCUCAGCUACAUGUUAUAGUUCAACGGCAAUAUGUUCCCAGCGCAGAACGUGCCAUUUGGAUGCGCAGUCAAAACUCCGAAUUGGUUUAUCGUGGGUUCGAUUUUGGCUGCGACUCACGACACUUAUGUGAAGAGUCAGUCAACGCUCUACCGAAAGUCGUGGGGUUUUUUCUGGGUACUCUGGUUUCCUCCCACAGGGAAUGUUGACAGGAUGGGUUGGAAUUAGGUCCUAACUCUUUCACCGUAGCUGUGCUCCAUGAUCAUGCAGGCAUGAGUUAUAAGGUGGGCGCCAUUAGAAAGCCUUCGACUCAAUCAGGUUGAGCGUGCGUCCUUCGCCAUUUAGCUUAGUUCUCAUCUGCAAGCAAAAACCAACGAAACAGUUUUGCUCGAAAAUAACGAAUAUUUAUAAGACCAUGUCUAUAUAGACUUCAUCCUCGUGAGGUAGGCAAUGUUUGAAUGGUGGUAGGCAUGGGGGUCUAUAAGGGCCACCAAGCGAUCCAAAACUAGUAGCCUGGGGACGAGAAUAGAUCCUGAAAUCCAACUCGAGCUGGUGGUGUACGACUCAGGCAGAUCAUGCCCCAAUAGCUUCUUAGCUCUUCGUGUCAGAAGUUUCCCAUUUCAUGAAGGGACAUUUUGCAGUAUUUUUACAAAGUAACCAGCCACCAGACUUGCGUUGAUUAUAUUUCGUAUUGCUUGUAUUUUUGUAGGAUUCACCGUCUGUAGUUACAUUGAAAGAUGUCAUGAAAACGGUUAGUGUCUCAAAAAUAUUGCCUUUAAUGAAAAAUAACAAUGAAAAACUGCCUGCAAUAAUUCCCUCACCGAUUUCAUUACCUUUGCUGGUGUAAUUCCUGGAAUGCUGAUCGCAAAAUGUAUAAAUAAAAUGUCCUACUUUUGUGUGAGUACAUCACUACAAUUUUUUUAUUCACAGCAUUAUGUUAAGAAAGGUAUUGAUGAAGACACAGCAGUUUCACUGUACUACGAAAGAUUAGCUGCAGUUCAAGCUAGAGGAGAACAAAGUACCCAUCAAGUUCUCAGGGAUAUAUUUAAAGAGGUCAGUUUCACUGUAUUAAGCCUGUUAAACAUACAAAAUCUCGGCGCACUAAAUGCAAAAAUGUGUGGUGGGUAUGGAAAUUGCGUUGUGCAAAAUGCCACGAUCAAAUAGAGACAUACAUAUCCCAUAUUGCUUUUCGCGGUGUGACGUUUGACUUGAAGUUACAAUGGUUGAAGUUACAAUUGGAUUAGAUCUACGAAUUAUUUGCUUUCUAAGGAUAUUGUUGCCAAAGGGCAAAUUAAAAUGCAUUGCUUUAUAUUGGAAACCGAUCUCAUGUCUGCAGACUCUGCAAAUUCAUGCACAUUUUCUUAUCACUUAUCUUCUACAGAUUCAAAGUACUAUUGUUCCAGAAGUUGUUCUAAAGGAAUGGGCACAGCGUACAUACCCAGGCGCUGCUGAUUACUGGACCUUUAGGAAACAAGUAAGUGAGGCUACUGAGCAAGUAUAUAAAAUAUUACAAAUUCUUACCGCAGCACUGUCUCGUUAUACUUUUGCAAAUUGUUGUUGCAUGAGCGAAAUGAGGAGGGAAGUGAUGUCUCUGCGUGCCCAUUAUAUCAAGAAACCUUUUAAGCUAACGUUGUAGUGUUCCAGUCAGAAUGUACCUGAAUCGUUUUCAAUUAUUUCAUAAUCUAUUCUAAUAAUUAAAUUAUCUUGCACCUGUUCGGUACUUCUUUUGAACUUUUCGUAUGUUUUUAGUUUACUACUCAGCUGACGAUGCUGCAAUUUGCAGAGUUUACACUUCAUCUGUCAAGACUAUCUCCCGAGAUGCUGCAAAUCAUUCGUGCAAGUGGAAGAUUAAACGUCGGCUAUUAUAAAUUUGAGAUUGACGAUAACAAAGGUAAGAAAUACAAUUUUCUUAAAUCUAUUUGAAGUAUAAUUUUAUAUAAAGCAUGAGCAACCGACUUGUAUUUAUAGGGCGAGCCGUGACUCGAACCCAGUCCCUGAAAUGAGGAUUGAAAAAAUAAUGUUGCGUGAUGGGAAUGAUCAAGGCUCAACAUCACACUCCUCAGUCCACUGAUGUUAUAUAAUGUUAGAUAAUAGAUUAUUAUUAAUAUUAGCUAAUGAGUAGUACCGUCUAGUUUAUAAUGCAAAUCCGUGUUGUUAUAUCGCCAACUAGAUAUAACUGUGCAUGAGAACAGCUUGAUAUUCCCGUAUCAACGUCAGAUUGGUCAAAACUGCUGGCUUCAUCAGACAGUAAUCUUUAUUGCUCUGCUCUUCUGCAGGUGAACUAGAUGCAAAUCGUCCAGUACCAUUUCGACUGACACCAAACAUUAGUGAACUGAUAUCACCAGUUGGUAUUGGUGGUGUGUUGACAUCAUCCAUGGUAGCUGCCGCUAGAUGUUUGGUUGAUCCCAAGUUUAGUGUGGACAGCAUUCUACGAGCUAUUUUAAGAGACGAAAUGAUUUCUUGGCAUAAGAAGGUG